AUGAUCAAACUUUCCAAGUUCGAUACAAUCCUUGGACAAGGAAUGCAGCAAAGAGAUGGAGAUUGCAAAACCCUUGACCAAGUGCUAGUGGCGCACUCUGCUCCUCAAAAUGCUCUCGUGAGUCAGCUUCCCGGCUACUCUGGCUCUUUCCCUUCCAAGCACUACUCCGGGUAUGUGACGAUCAAUGAAGCGACAGGGAAGAAAUUGUUCUACUAUUUGGUCGAAUCGGAAGGGAACCCAUCAAAGGAUCCUCUGGUUCUUUGGCUCAAUGGUGGCCCUGGAUGCUCCAGCUUCAAUGGGUUUGUGUAUGAACAUGAGGGAAGUGCAGGGGAGAAGAAGAAAAGGAAGUGGAUCCUCGUGGGUGAGAAGAAGAUGAUCAAUCUGGUUUCCCUCUUGGUGGAGAAGGGAAGGAGAAGAAGAAAUGAUAGAAGCACGUUUAGAGGAGGGAAGGAAGUAUCAGGAAGAAGUCUUUGUUUUGAGGGAGCAUAG